GAAUCAAGUUUUUGCCCGGACACUGUCUUCAAAGGUUCGAAAUCGAGAUUUUCCCGGGCACUGCUUUCUGUGAAGUCAGACAUCCAGACCCUCAUGCUGGCGUAUAAAGGCUACUGUAUCGAGGGAAUCGUGUAGCGUCGUGACGUGUGAACCCGCGUUUAUCGAUUGCACACGGGCUGCCAUUCUCGUUUACUUUCGCUCGUGUACGGCUGUCAAGUGGUGUGUGUUUCUCGUGAUAUGAGUGCCGCAGAGGGUGAAACCGCUGUUGUCGCUCCUCAAGACGUGGAACUGCCAGCAGUUGAAGAUAGUGACAAGAAAGCUGAAGUGAUUGAUGAGAAGAAAGAGUCCAAGGACGAAGAGGUAGAGGAAAAAGAGAAAAAGAAGGAAAAGAAGAAGCGUGAUUCGAGAUCGCGUUCGAGGAGUCGUUCUCGUUCAAGUUCACGCUCUAGAAGCCGAAGUGGAAGUCGAUCAAGAAGCAGGAGCCGUGGAAGAGAGCGUCGGCGUUCUCGUCGCUCUAGGUCUCGCUCUCGCACGUAUUCUCCGAUUCCAUCAAGCAGUCGUCGUGUUAUCAAUGGAAGAAUCCACGUGUCUGAUUUGACAGCAUCGAUUUCCAAGCGAGACCUUGAAAAAGCUUUUGAGAAGUUUGGCAAAGUUGUGGAUAUCUGGCUUGCUUCAUAUCAUCCAUUUUACGCGUUCAUCACCUAUAAGAGAGACGAAGAUGCAGAAGAAGCUAUUAGGAAGAUGAACGACUCAUAUAUCCGUCGUCAACGCAUCCGUGUUGCUCAUGCGUUGCCUCGUCGCGAGCGCUUUGGUUUCCGCAACAACUUCGGAAAUAGCUACGGAGGCGGUGGCGGUUAUGGCGGUUCUUACUCAAGACGCCGCAGAAGGAGCAUCACAAAGAGUCCUAUCCGCACAUCGUCUAGAAGAUCCCGCUCCCGCAGCCGUUCUCGCUCCAGGUCUCGUGAUCGUAAGCGCAGCCGCUCUUCCUCUCGCUCCUCAUCCCAUUCUCGUUAA